AGAUAUGCCUAUUACUCGUCUGAUUCAGAACAAACUGUUCAUUCAUCAUCAUUAUCUUCCUUAUUACCUGCUAAUCAAUCAUGUCGUGAAUUGUUCGGAAGUAAUGAAAAUACUUGGUGGUUAGAUUGUAAUAAUCCUACCGAAGCUGAAUUAAGAGUCUUAUCCACUACAUUCAAUAUCCACCCUUUGACAUGUGAAGAUAUCAAGACUCAAGAUUGUCGUGAGAAAGUUGAAUUAUUCAAGAAUUAUUAUUUUGUAUCCUUUCAUACUUUUGAUUCUGAUCGUCAAUCUCCAACCUUCUUAAAAAUCAUUAAUUUUUAUAUUGUGGUUUUCAAACAUGGUAUUUUAACUUUCCAUUUCACUUCCGUUCCACAUCCUGGUGUGGUUAGAAGAAGAGUCAACCAGUUAAGAGAUUAUGUUGAUGUCACAGCUGAUUGGUUAUGUUAUGCUUUGAUUGAUGAUAUUAUUGAUUCUUUUGCACCCGUCAUUAAACAAAUCGAAGUUGAAGCUGAUCACAUUGAAAAUUUGGUGUUUGUUUGUAGAGAUAAGAAUUUUGGAGAAAUGUUAACCAGAAUCUUUGCAUCUAGGAAGAAAAUCAUGAAUUUAUUAAGAUUAUUAUCUUUCAAAUCUGAUGUUAUUAAAAUGUUUAAAAGAUUUGCAUCUGAAAUCAUUUCUCAUCCCAGAACUGAAGUAGCUUUAUACUUGGAUGAUAUUCAAGAUCAUGUUAUCACCAUGCAUCAAAGUUUAAUCGCUUAUGAGAAAAUGUUCUCCAAGAGUCAUUCCAAUUACUUAGCUCAAUUACAAGUUGAAUCAUUCAAUGCUAAUUUCAGAAUCACAGAAAUCUUAUCCAAAGUCACUUUAAUCGGUACCAUGUUGAUUCCGUUAAAUCUUGUAACUGGGUUAUUUGGUAUGAAUGUGGUGGUUCCAGGUCAAGAAAUUGAUUCCUUAGUUUGGUUUUUUAGUAUUGUAGGAUUCUUAUGUCUUUUAGUUACUUGUGGUGCUAUCUUU